AUGGAGCUGGAGCCCGAGUUGCUGCUGCAGGAGGCCCGCGACAGCGUGGAGGCGGCGCAGACCUACCGGCGGGAGCUAGGCCAGAGGCUGCAGGGGCUGCGGGAGGCGCGGAGGCAGAUCAAAGAGAGUGCAUCCCAGAGGAGAGAUGUCCUCAAACAGCAUUUUAAUGAUUUGAAAGGAACCCUUGGGAAGCUCCUGGAUGAACGAUUGGUGACCCUUUUGCAAGAGGUGGACACCAUUGAACAGGAGACCGUUAAACCACUAGAUGACUGCCAGAAGCUGAUAGAGCACAGAGUUAACACUGCAGCGGACUUAGUCCAAGAAGGUGAGAUCGCCAUUCUGGGUGGUGUAGGAGAACAGAAUGAAAAACUGUGGAGCUUUACCAAAAAGGCCUCACACAUCCAGUUGGACAGCUUACCAGAGGUGCCUUUACUGACUGAUGUGCCUUGCUUAUCUGCUCAGUUGGAUGACUCAAUUCUUAACAUAGUGAAAGACCAUAUUUUCAAGCAUGGAAUGGUAGCAUCUCACCCACCAGUACAGAUAGAAGAAUUGAUAGAGAAACCCGGAGGCAUCAUCGUACGAUGGUGUAAGGUGGAUGACGACUUUACCGCCCAAGAUUACAGGCUCCAGUUCCGUAAAUGUACUUCCAGUCAUUUUGAGGACGUGUAUGUAGGCUCUGAAACUGAAUUCAUAGUAUGGCACAUAGACCCCAAUGUUGAUUAUCAGUUCAGAGUCUGUGCCCGAGGAGAUGGCCGACAGGAGUGGAGUCCUUGGAGUGUCCCCCAGAUAGGUCAUUCCACGCUGGUGCCUCAUGAGUGGACAGCUGGCUUUGAGGGGUACAGUCUGAGCAGUCGAAGAAACAGCGCUUUGAAUGAUGCUGAAUCGUCUGGUGUUCUCUACUCCAGCGCUCCCACUUACUUCUGUGGGCAGACAUUAACAUUCAGAGUUGAAACUGUGGGACAGCCAGAUAGAAGAGACAGUAUAGGAGUGUGUGCAUAAAAACAGAACAGGUAUGACCCCCUGCAGUGGGAUCAAGCAGUUUGCAUUAGUACAAAUGGUGCAGUUUUUGUAAAUGGAAAAGAAAUGACUAAUCAGUUGCCCGCAGUUACUUCUGGGUCCACUGUCACAUUUGACAUUGAAGCUGUGACUCUAGGAUACAGCAAUAAUAACGAAGGCAGAAACAUCAAGCUUCGAGUAACUAUUAGCUCAAAUAACAGAGAAGUGGUGUUUGAUUGGUUGCUCGAUCAGUCUUGUGGUUCUCUUUACUUUGGAUGCUCUUUUUUCUAUACUGGGUAGAAAGUGCUGGUAUUCUAGAUUUUCAGAUGAUUGGCUUUGGGUUUGCAGGGGUUUCACAUAGCUUUCCUCAGCCCAGUUCAGUUGUCAUUGGUUUAAAAAAUGGUUAGAUCCAUCUCUCAGGUAAGUCAUUGGAAACAGAAAUUAUUUACUGGAUUUAUUUUCCAAUAUCUUAGCAAUAAGAGGCAUGAAUAUUGUGGACAAAACAGUAAUUCAGUCCAUUUUAUUUUUAGCAUAGUGUUAAUUGGAAUAUCACAUCACAAUAAAAAUCAAAUUGGCUUUUAAAAGUAUGAGGCAAUAUAGACAGCCCUAUGUACCUUUCCACUGUACUUCUUUUUAAAUUUGGCUGUAAGAACACAAAAAUGUAACGUAACAUUUUUUUUUUUAUUAAAUCUUUAUCUUUUAAAGAUCCAAGGCCAUCCAAGACUUUAGAAUGAAAAGGCAAGAAAAGACCAGGUAGAAUGUGCCACCAUGUAUGCUGUAAUAUACACCCUCUUGUGUGUUCUCCACGGGAGUGUUGAAUGUGCUUUUCAUAUUCAGCGAUUUGUAAGCAGUAUUGAAUUUUAUCUCAUGUUUAGUAAUCUUUAAGUCCCCAAAGCAUGAUAAUUUUUGCAUUUUUAAAAAUUACUGAGCAAAUGUCUACAACAGGCAAGGUGUUUUCUUUUGUUCUCUCCUUGCAGUUAACUCACGAUAGGCUAGAGGGUUUUUACAGGGUAAAACUACUUAUGGAAGUAGUAUGCACAGCAGUGUUAACCAUGUCCCAUGUUUGAAAUAUGCACAGGUGCAUAUCCAGCCUCAGUGACAUGCAUGUUGUUCUUCCUAGGGUCUGAGCUGCAGUCCGGUUUCAUAAAUGGUCUUUUAGUGGACCAAACAAAUGUAGGGUAAAUACUUGACCUAUUUUUUGGAAAACUUAAGUUUGUUUAAAAUAUUUAUUUGAAGGAUUUAGGAUGUAAAAAUGAUUAUCUUGCUAUGUAACAGCUAAAGAUCUUUUUUCUUUAAUGCAAAUUUUUUUUUCAUUUUUAACAGAAAAGUAGAAAAGCAAGUUUGAUAUUUUUGUGAGAUAAUUUAUUUGGGGAUUCCAGUUCCCUAUUAGACAAUCAUGACCUUUUCCCCUUGCCUUUUUAUAUUAUAAGUAAGCUGUUUUUCACUUGCUUAGUGACUGUUAAGAAGAUGUGCUAGAAUGUAGAUGCCUCGUCCAACUGUCUGAAACAAAAUAAAAAACUAAAAGGUAAAAAAAAAAACAAAAAAAACCUGUGCCUUACAGAUAAAGGUUGACUGGAAAAGGCCAGCUUGAAAUUCAGCAUCAGAACUUGCACCUGCUACAUCGAGGUGUUCAGCUGCCAGAAGAAACUUAAAACCUUUCUGCCGGGAGAUGGCACCAUCCAGCCCCUUAUAUUCUGUUACCCAGUGUCUCACAGUCCAUCAGAAAUACCAGUCAUGCCAGUAAACAUGAUCAAAUGACUGAAAAUCAAGGGAAAUAAUGAGUAAUAUAGGGAAAAACUUCAGGUGAUCCAGAUACUUAGAUUAGACCUUUAAAAUA